AUGGCCAUUCCCAAGGCGCUACGACUUCAUGCAAUAGUGUGUGCUCUUGCUUCUGGAGGUCUAUUGGCUUUCCUCAGUGUCCUUGACUUCUUGGCCUUCUCUUCCUUUCUGGAACAUCAUAAAUUUGGUGUUGAGCACAUCAAAACUGCAACACAAAUUUUCUCAUUUGUGUCACAACUUGUUGUCACAGCUCUCCUUGCAUUGCUUUCAUAUGGAAUCCCAGCAAUUGCAGUCAAUGCUACAAUACAGCAAUGUCAGGCACUUCUUGUACUUCAUGACAAUGUUGAAGCCUGGCAAGGCCUUGGGUCAUCACUUUGUGCUGCCUGGCAGACCACACCCUCUUUAUUCUCAAUGAAGGUGGUAACCAUGAAAUGGGGGAUACCUGUAACUGUCAACUCCAUGCCAGGCAACAUCAUUUCUCCUUUGGGUUCCUCUAUCAAUGAGAUUCUGCCAUUUGGUGUGGUUGAUUAUCUAUACAAGCAGAUGGGAUACAUUGUUGUUGGAGACCUUGUUGGAGUAAAUGAUAUAAUUCUUUUUGGUACAAUGGAUCAAAAAUUGGAAGGUGUGGAGUUUGAAGAUCACACUGCUCUCAACUUGAGUGCAAGAUGUGGAAUCAUUCCUCAUGCUUCUGGUGAUUCUUUUAAUUUUUCCUACUAUCCAGUGCCAAUAGAAGAUUAUCCAGACUGUGGAACUAUAGUAUUCCAAGUGUAUCCCAAGUUUACUCAUCUUCCUGGUACUGCACUGCUCUAUAGUGAACCUGUGAACAUUGUGGGUUUGAUGAAUCGAACUUCAUCUGCACCACCCCAAUUCGGGAUUAAUGACACACUUUUAGUUUUGUAUCCCCAAGAUAAUUCAAUCAAUCAAACCAGUACUUUUGCAAUAGCACUUGUGACCACAAAGGAUUACACCUUGGGUGAUGGAAGGCAAGGCUCCCCUGUGCAUCUCACAAAAGAGGUCCAAGUUUAUACAUCUGUGACAACUGCUAAUUUGAGGUCUGACCACAAACUGCUGGAAAUCCUGGGUAAACAUGGAUACAACUCCCAACCGAAGUUCAUCAACAUGCCUUUUGAGCGCAAGUCAAAUCCAGUGAACCAGGUGGAAAAAUAUUUUGGCUACAUGCUGUACAAGGCCUACUACAUAGAAAGCCUCUAUACAAUACAUCAACCCCCCCUCCUGCUUCAAAUAAAUGACUGCACUUUUGGCUCUCACCUCAACUUCAAUGAUCCCCCAGAACCAGUCUUUGAGCCUCUCAGGAUUGGAGGCCCAACUCAGCUCAUAUUCUGCCCUCUUGUAUAG